CGAACAAGCAACUUUUUAUGAUCAACAUGAAUCGUCAUUUUGUGAGCGGAUAAAAGCUCGAAAGAUCACGAAUAUAUGUUAUAAUUUUUGACCAGCUGUUACAUAGUAAUAACUUAUUAAAUAGUCCGAUAACACACGCUGAAUUUUGUGCAAAAUUAGCAGACAAUAUAGCGAUUUUGCGUGGGUGAUCUCAGCCAGUUGCCACGUUGUGAAAUUUUUAUAUAGCUGGGAUAUUUUUCUACGAUUGCUUCUAAUCUGGGCUUAAGUUCGUGAAUUUUAUACGGAACGAGGAAGCAGAAUUGCUAAAAUAAUGGAUGAAAAUGGACGGUUAUCGAACCAGGAGCUAUUUAAAGUAAAAUUAUCGUUGUCUUGUUUGUCAAAUCGUGUCACCGUGUGUCCAGUCACAGCGAAGUUAUACUUGUUGAAGGAGGAAACUUGGAAACAUCAUAAGACCGGCGUUGCAGCAGUUAUUUUUAAUACUGGGGAAUGUGGGGACAGGAAUCCUAAAAGUGUUAAACUAUGCUUAGUUGAGUUAGAAAGUGGGUUUCCGUCUUGGAACGAAUACUUGAGCGAUAACUCGCAGUAUAAAGCUGCCCAAGACAACACAUUUCACACAUUGGUUUUGCAGAAUAAUAAUGGUGCAAAUAUGGCUGGCUUACAAUUCGACGACGAAGGCGCUGCGUCGUUGUUUUUAAAGGAGAUUGUUGACUCUAUUGAGGAGCUGAAGUCCGCUAACAAUGCUACGGAAUUGAGCAAACUUGAACUAAGCUCUCGCAAAGAGAAAGCAAAGAAAUUUCGCAAGCUGAAGAAAAGUGAAAUUUCAACUCCAUGCCUUUUCACGCAUGUGACUAACAUUAGUUCAACGCAAGCCGACACUUUGGACGAACCGUCAAAUCCCAACAAACUAGAAGGAAGAAGAAGUGGCUCUACUUCUGGCAAAUCUAGCGAUAAAGUUCGGCGUACGUUCAGUAUUUCCAAAAGGAAAUAAAUAAAAAACGACGUUGUGAAUGCCGAGCGGGGUAGGCAACAACGAAUUCGCUCGGGCGAGUUUAGCGCCUCUAAAAUGUCAACACAAGCCCAAAUAUUGCCCCAAAACUAUUUGUGUGUACAGUUCGGCAAUCCCAAUUAGCCAUAAGUUGUGAAAUUGUUGCCCUAAAAAGACCAUAAAAUGAUCAAACAUGAAAUUAUUUCAUUGAAUUUGCGACAUUGACAUUGUUAAUAGUUAUUAUCAAAUAGUAUAUUGUACGGAAAUUGAUUCGAAAUUUCGCUUGAAAUUUGAAGUCUGAACCGUCUUGAUUGCGUGUUUGCUAUUGAUAUUUUAUUAGUUUUUACUAGAGAUCUUCUUAAAAGCUAAAAAUAUAUAUGAUUUUGGACAGACAUAUUGUAUAUUUUAUUGUUUACAUUUGAUAAUGUGUCGUGUCGUAUCGAAUGCUCAUUUCGUAUCGCAAAGUGAAACAUAGCGUGUUUAGAACUUUUAGAAUGCGCCUUUAUUCAUAGUUUUGUAAUUUGUUUAUAAUCUGGGAAUUUCGGAGCAUUUUUGAGGCAAAAUAUUACAGUCUGAAUGACAUAUUUCAUUGUCUCUCAUCGGAAUUUGAUAUGGCAUCAUAUCACCCGUGGAAUGCAUGGUUCCAGAGAUUAACCAAUCAAAUUAGAGAUUAAGAUUUUAAGAUAAUAUUUUGGAAUAACAAAUAUUUGAUUAGAUCAGAUUACACAUUGAUACAACGUAGAAACAACACGCAGUAUUUGGCAAUGUACUAUAAAUAUUAAUAUUAUAUUUGAACGAAUUAGGCCGAAUUUGGAAAGUUUGCUUUUAAACAAGAGUGCAUUUUACUUCAUAUAUGGUUAGAGU